CCCGCCCUGAGUGGUUGGGCUUCCUGGGGCCAAUACUGCGCGCGGAGGUCGAUGACGUUAUCACGGUCCACCUGAAGAACUUUGCAUCCAGGGGCUAUUCUAUGCAUCCUCAUGGAGUCUUCUAUGAUAAGAAAUCAGAGGGAGGACCAGAAAUAACUACCUGAUGGAUUACCACGAAACUUGAAGGAUGCAGUAUGGGUCAAGAAAGAAGCCAUUCGAUUUUGGUGCAGAACCAGGAUUUUUUAACAUUGUAAAAUAGGGCGUUUGUUGACAUUUUCACCAAUUCACCAACGAAUAAUUCAUGGAUCUUGUUGAAACAAUUAUGUAUAUUAAUAGGACUGAUAUCUAUGAGUGUGGGAAAUUUGGUGCAGAUCCAAAUACUGUAAAGAUACAGAUCUAGUGAAUUUAAAUGUGGUUUCAUAAGGCAACUGUUAGGCAUACUGUAGAGACGUGCCCUUAGUUUAAAAAUAUAAUGCAAUAUGUGAGCCAUUGUCAAGAGAUUUGGUCUUCAAAGUUAUGGCAAUACUUUAGACAGUGGGACAAUUUGACCACACAGACUCCAUCAUGAAAUAUUAACAUUGGUUGCAUAUUUAGCUUGAAUAGAUAUAAUCUCUUCUCUCUGUUUUUUUACACAAAAGCUGUGGCUUUGUGUAAUGCUGGUGUGUAAAUAUGGCAUGUUGUGGCCAUGUGCAGAAAGUGACAUGGCAACUGCAAUAACUCAGUGACCUACAUGGAAGAUGUGGCCUCUUGUCAAAACGUCUCUCAAGUGUUCUGACCUUUGCAGCUCGUUGUUAUGUAACAAAGCCCCCAUCCCCCACCCAUUUGAUAGUAUACAUCGUGGUUCAGGAAUUUCGAUAGUCUUCCAAGAACUCGGAAGUGAAAGUAAAAUUUGGUGUUUCCUCUUUCAACAGAAUGCAAGCAGGAGCCUGUUGUGUCUGUCUAUGAGGCACAUGAGCUCAGAUAAACUGUAACCAGCUGUUGAGUCAAAUAGUUUUAAUAAACAGCAUCUUGUACAAGAAGGGGGAGAGUUGUGGGCCUAUUGACUCUGAAGGGCGCAGUGGUGACGACACACAUAAAACUUUGAAAUCAGAUAAGUGUGUCCUUAAUUAUUUCUCAUCACGAGUGCAUAUGGGUACAGAGGUCAGUGUGCCCAUGACUAAGACUGAGAUGUUUAUGUGUAUAUAGAUCACACACACGUGGAGGCUGAAAGCUGAACAGAGAUAGAGAAGAAGUGGAUAUGAACAUGAUUUGUAAAGCUGAACAACUGAAGCAUAUAGUAUAAACCUGUUAGAAUCAUUUGUUUCAGGCAUAUUAUUUUCUAAAUUCUUCCAUAUCACGUUUUAAACCCUAACCCUUACCAUUUAGAUGUUGUUCUACUGACAUAACAAUGAAAUCAGAGCAGCAGAGCUGCUCUCUAAACAGACAAAUCUCAACAUAAACAUCUUGUACAUUCCCACCAGGGGCACUCUAUCCAGAUGGGACGUCAAGCAGGUUAAAGGAGGAUGACUCCGUUCCUCCAGGAGGCAGCUACACCUACCGCUGGGAGGUCAGGCCAGAAUUUGCCCCUACGGAUGAUGAUGCUAACUGCCUGACCUGGGUCUACCACUCUCACGUAGACGCCCCUAUGGACAUUGCCUCUGGACUUAUCGGGGCUCUGCUCACCUGCAAGAAAGGAACCUUGAAGGAGACAAAGCCAGAAUCCGUCACAGACUCAGCCCGCAAUGAUGUGGACCAGGACGUCUUCUUGAUGUUCUACAUAGUGGACGAGAACCUGAGCUGGUACCUGGAGGACAACAUUCAGAGCCUCUCUGAUCCAGAUGGAGUCGAAGACGACGAAGAAUUCAAGGAGUCAAACCUGAUGCACGCCAUUAACGGCUACAUGUUUGGUAACUUGCCCGGGAUCAAAUUGUGCCAGGACCGUGCAGUAGCCUGGCAUUUGUUCGGCAUGGGCAACGAAGUUGACAUUCACUCAGCCUUUUUCCAUGGGAACACGUUGCUCGACCGUGGCCACCGCACAGACGUCCUCAGCCUGUUCCCUGCCACGUUUGCUACCGCUGAAAUGGUCCCGAGAGCAAGAGGGAAGUGGCUGCUGACCUGCCAGGUUAAUGACCACCUGCAGGCCGGGAUGCAGGCCUUUUAUGAAGUGAAGUCAUGUGACAGUGAGGCCAGCACUGCAGCGGCGGGCGGCAUUGUGAGGAAUUUCUACCUGGCAGCAGAAAAGGUCCUGUGGAGCUAUGCUCCCUCUGAAAAGGACCUGAUCAACAACGUGUCCCUCACCGAGGCCGACAGAGCAUCAGAGAUGUUUUUUGGCAGAGACGGUGGGAGGCUCGGUGGUAAAUACGUGAAAGUGAUCUACAAGGAGUACACAGACAAUACCUUCACCGUUGUAAAAUCCCCUGAUCCUGGACAUUUAGGAAUCCUUGGUCCAGUCCUGAGGGCAGAGGAAGGAGACACUAUCCGAGUGACGUUCAUGAACAAGGCUGAUAGAAAUUACAGCAUCCAGCCUCACGGCGUGCACUAUGACAAACUCUCCCAGGGAAGCAGCUAUGAGGACGGUGUUGACAAGCCCGGCUCCCACGUUGGCCCAGGCGAGCGCUUCGUCUACACCUGGCAGGUCCUCGAGGGUCCGUCUCCAUCUGAUUCCCUCUGUAUCCCCUACCUGUACUACUCCGCCACUGAUCCCGCACUGGACACCAACUCUGGGCUCGUGGGACCUCUGCUCGUGUGUAAGAGAGGAGCGCUGACGGAGAAUGGAACCCGGAAAGAUGUGGACAAGGAGUUCUUCCUGCUCUUUUCUAUCAUGGAUGAAAACAUGAGCUGGUACUUGGAGGAGAAUAUUCAGAGAUUUGGCAGAAACGAGUCAGAUAUAGAUGAUGAGGACUUCAUCGAGAGCAAUAAUAUGCACGCUGUGAACGGACGCAUGUACGGGAACCUUGCCGGACUUGAGAUGUGCGCCGGGGACAAAGUUUGGUGGUACACCUUCGGGCUGGGCACAGAGGUGGACAUCCAUGGUGUUUAUUUUGAAGGGAACACCUUCAACAAGCAGAGCACAACACGUGACACUGUCAACCUGUUCCCUCACACCACUGCCAGUGUCUCCAUGCAGCCCAACACCCCUGGUGUGUAUGAAGUGAGCUGCAGAGUGACUGACCACUACUCAGCUGGCAUGAGGCAGCAGUACAGAGUCGACUAUUGCCCAAGACGUCAAGUGAAGCACACACACAACCACACCCACACACAGCCAACUAAGAUUGUGGAGUAUUUCAUCAGUGCUGAAGAAAUCGAGUGGGAUUACUCACCCGAGAGAACCUGGGAGCUGGAGAAGCACCAGGUCACAUCAGGGGACAGUCCAGGCAGCACUUUUGUGGAGAAAGGGACGAACAGCAUUGGAUCACGCUAUAAGAAGGUGGUGUACAGAGAAUACACAGACGACACCUUCAGGGUUCAGAAGAAACGGCUGCCCAGUCAACAGCACCUGGAAAUUAUGGGACCAAUAAUCAAAGCAGAAGUGGGAGAGCAGAUCGUGAUCUCAUUCAAGAACAAAGCCAGUCGUGAAUACUCGAUUGGUGCACAUGGAGUCAGAGCCAGUGGCGCGCACAUUCCUGUCAAACCUGGUCACAUACUCGAGUUGACCUGGGAUGUUCCUGUAAGAUCUGGUCCAGGGGCCUCGGAUCCUAACUGCAUCUCUUUCGCCUACUACUCCAAUGUUGAUUUCAUUAAGGAUCUGUACAGUGGUCUGUUGGGGCCUCUGGUGAUAUGCAGGCCCGGGACUCUGCGGCGCGGCGAGGGGGGGCCCGACAGACAGAGGGGUGACGUGGAGAAGGAGUUUGCUCUGCUCUUUAUGGUGCAUGAUGAAAACCAGUCCUGGUACUUGGACGACAACAUCAGGACGUACCUCGGCGUCGAGCCCGAUGCCGUCACGUACGACGAUGACUUUGAAGAAAGUAACAAAAUGCACGGGAUCAAUGGUAAGCUGUACGGUAACCUCCAUGGACUGGUGAUGAUGCAGGGCCAGAAGGUCGACUGGUAUCUACUGGGAAUGGGCAACGAAGUGGACAUGCACACCGUUCACUUCCACGCUGAGACUUUCACCUACAAGACGGACCGCGUCCACCGUGCAGACGUCUUUGACCUCUUCCCCGGGACCUUCCAGACUGUGGAGAUGGUGGCCGGGAUCCCAGGGACUUGGUUGCUCCACUGUCAUGUGACUGAUCACAUCCACGCCGGCAUGGAGACCACCUUCACCAUCGAAGAAAACUCCUCACAUGCAACAGAAACGAAAGGCUCCAUACAGACGCUGCUCCUGCUCUUACUCUGUUUCCUGGCCGUAGGUGAACUGCACUGAUAAGAGGAGUCUAACACUGGAUUGUGUGUAACCACCAUAAAGCACUUCACAAUUCCAGGGACAGAAAUCACUGUUGGUGUGUUUGCUGGAGAAUAUGAACUCUAUGUAAAUAUCAAACACUGAUCAGACCAGUUAAGAUUCAUCUGCGACUGUGCAAUCGUGUUAAAAGCUCGGGAUCGUAUAACAUUUGUUAGGACUGAAAGAAUUUUUAUUUAAUAUUACAAUUCUGUGGAUUUUUCUACGUUUUUUCUGUUUUCUGACAUGUUGCACUGUGUUUGAGCAAAGCCCUGCGAUACCAAAUAUUUUAAUACAGUUUUGAAUGAGCAAUGAACAAUAUUGUUUUAUAUGUGUAUUAGUGGUUAUUACCUCUACCAAGGAGAUGUUUUCGUAUGCAUUUGUUUGUCAGUCUGUUUAUUUGUUUGUCUGUUAUUUAGCAGGAUUACACAAACUAUACUUGACAGAUUUCCGCGAUACUUGGUGGACGGAUGUGACAUCAGGGUCAGAAAGGAACUGGAUCUGUAUCAAUUGGCGGAUACAAUGAUUUUUUUCACUUCCUUCCACAUUUCCGUUUUCAGAGAAUAAUUCAUGGAUCUUGACGAGAGAGGGAAAUAUAUUUAUGAGUGUGUGUAAUUUGGGGCAGAACCAAAUAAAGAUCUGGAUCCAGAGAAUUUAAUCAGAAUCAGAAUCGGGUUUUAUUGCACAUACAUGGAAUUUGCUGUGGUGUGUUAGUGCAAUUAUAAACAAAAACAAAAAAUGUAUGUAAAAAUAAAAUAAAAAAGUAUACUCUAAGCAAAAGAUAAAAAAAAUACUAUAAGCAAACAAAAUAUACUAUAAGCAGGAGGACUUGUGCAACAUGUACAGUUAUUGUUUUUUGUAAAGUGUCUAGUCUAGUGGUUUCAUUCGGGGACUGUUGGUGGAGGGGUAUGCUCUCUGAAAGCCCCUCUAGUUUGUCCUUCACGUGCUUUUCCUCUGACACCACAAGGUGGAGUUAAAACAAAUUGAAAAUUGCAAGUUGGCUAAAUAUGCAACACAGUUCAACAAUUUUUUUUUUUGAUUUUAUGACAGCAAACAUGUUAUACUCAGAUCCACAUGGAGAAUAAUACUGUGUGGAAGUGUUGAGGUCUUUUUUUUUUUUUACAUAAUUAAUUCUUUGGGACUUUUGUUACAUAUCACACAAUUGCACCCUGUCUUGGAAGUGUGUGAUAUCCUGUGGUAGCUGAUCAGAUCAAUCAGUGUCUUUGAUAAGGUUUAGGAAAUAAAGCACUGCACCAGA